ACAGUGCAUUACAAGUUGAUAAAGGAAAAUCUAAAGUACCUGAAACCUCUUUAUCCAAAAGAAAAGAAACAUCAUCAAGUUCUUUAUCUUUGGAAUAUACUUAUAAUUCAAACGUAUCAAAUGAAACCAACUCAGGGAGACGAAUUUUAUCGCCAGUUUGGACUAAAUGGGCAAGAGGCGAACCACAAAGACUUGAAGCUCAUCUUGCAUUUGAUUGCCCUAAUGUAAAUAAUGAGGAAGAUUUAUCUGAAGAACGAAUUUAUUCUAUAAAUCGUUCAUUAUUAAAAGCAUUUACAGUCUGUGGUAUUCCAUUUUCUGCAAUUGAAAACCCAUUUUUUAUUGAUCUUCUCCAAAAUUUGUGUCCAACCUAUCAACCACCUUCAAGAGUAGUCUUAGCAGGCCGACUAUUAGAUCAAAAACAUUCUAAAAUCAUAAUUAAGCAUGAGGCUAUUUUUAAUGAAUUAGAAAAUCUAACUAUUG